UCUCAAAAAUGAUGUGUUAAAUAAUUAAAAAAAAAUUGUGUUAUCACAAUUUUAACACAAUGUGUUAUUUUGUGUUGUUAAUGUGUUAUAUUACUGGAAUAUACUGCCCAACACAAAAUGUGUUAAAUUAUUGGCCAAUCCCUGGUGUCCUGGAUGAGCCGUUACCCUGAGAAGAGAAGUUAUUUUUCUCAGCACUUCAUUUUAUCUUGGCGCGCACUUGAAGAAGUUGGAAGGUGGCACUGGCACACAGUGGAUGUAAAUGUCUGAAUAAAAGGUAAGGUAGACCCAUGUCUUCAGACGUAUUUGUUAUGUUUAUUUUAAAGACUGUUGCAACUUGCAAUAUUGUAAAGGUUAAACGAUAAUAAACUAAAAUAAAGUCCAGCAUCGAUUGUUAGCCAAGUAGCUCUAGCAGCUAGGUUAUUGAUAAGCAAUCGUUAUGCUAGACUAGUCCAUGUUAAGUCAACCCUGACCUUACAUUAACACACUUUGAAAAACACUGCCAUACAUGUAGAAACUAAAAUAUUCUAACGUUAUGUCAACUCGUAUUACUAUGUGGGUAAAUCCGCAUUUUGGGUAAAGUUUUAGCUAUGGACAGCUAACGUUAGCAAGCUGACCACAUUGGUAUGUAUUUUAAGAUAGCUAAUUCAGCUAGCGAAUUCGGUGGAAAGCAGCUAGAAUGCUAACGCUAGACGCUAUGAUUGCUAACAUUACAGGCGGGAAACGUUGCUUUGUUCGUGGGAACUGGUAUGACCUUGUAACAAGGUAUGAAAUGCUAGGGCUCAGGAUGUCAAAACUACAAACUACUAUCUACGUUACACAUUACGAUAAGUUACAACAAUAUCUAACGUACUAACUACUAUAAAUCAUGAUAACCACCGUUAUUGAUUUAAUUCACUUAACGUUAGUUGCAUAGAUAACGGUGACCGUUUUAUUCCGAACAAUCGGUGGUUACAAGCUUUAAGUGACAGUCAUAACAGACAUAGAACCUAAGGUCAGGUAACGUGAGUGUAGUCCUGUUUUUUAUAUGCCGUUAUAUCGUUAUUUCGGCUAUUUUAUCGCCGAUUUGAUCGCAAAUUGCGUUAUUUCCUCCCCCCCUAGCCCCUAUUACAGCCCCUAUCUCUAGCCCCUAUUACAGCCUUUGAAAGACGGGAUAUUUCGGGGGAGGCGAUCGCUCCCUGUUUACAUCUGGAACGUUCGCGCGACACUUCCAAAAGGCGGACCUUUAUUAUUAUUUUCUCAAAAGGAGGACAAAUGAGUGUCCGGCUUAAGGCUGCGUCUGUAGCCGGACAGGGCAUUUAAAAGCCGGACGAAUGGCCACCCUAGCUCCAGGACAUAACAUUAGAACAUGUUCUGUAUAAUCUACAAGUUAGCGAUGUUGAAUUAACUCAAUGCAUUUACCGCGCUGCCAAGGGAAAACACAUUUGUAUUCCGAACGUGACACUAACGUUAGUGAACACGGUUUGAUGAAACGUUAUUGCAUGCAGUUAGACCCAGUGUUGAACUACAUCUAUGCAUAACGUUAUGAUUAGCUAUCGUUUAUAGUUUAUAGAGUGUGUAGUUUGCUUUUUUGGGGUGUAGGUUAAGCAAUAAUGUGACGCAUUAAUGAAACGGUAAUCAAUGCUGGCAUUUUGAUAAUAGCCUAAAGUAACAUUUAGUUUCUGACCAGUUCGCUAGUCACCAAGAUUGUGUGUUCUUAUUUUGGAAAUGCUGAAUAAUUAAAAAUUUAAACAGUAUGGAAGUUGAAAUAAGUUAUGUGUUCACAAUAUGGUGUGAUAUCAAAUUUAAAAGAAUCUAUUUUGUUGCAGCUACAAGGAGACAUGGCGAUGCCGAAAUCGCUUGUUACCAUAUUUCUGGAUGACAAGGAAAUCAGCAAAAAAAUAUUUCAGCUGGAGUCUGUCGAAGAGAUAGUAGAUGACUGCAAAUCGAAUGCAACACUACUCCUUAACAGUGAACUCCUUGAAUGUGACAGAAUUCUCAAAUUCUCCCCUGAAUUUAAUGAAUUCAUUGAUAUAGACUGCCAUGACUUUGUUCAACACAUGGACAAGCCCCAGGUGUUUUUCAAGACACGUGAAGCAUCAAUGUUGGUAUGUAUCUUUGCAAUGAUAAUUCUUUAAUAUAACGAAUGAAACAAAGAAACAAGAAAAGUACCACUAUGAUUUGUAUAUUCUAAAUAACUACUACCGCCUUAGCAUAGACACAAUGACCAAUAUAUACAAGGGAUGUUUGAUAAUAAUAAUUUGUCUCUUGUAACAUUUUAAGACUGAACACUCGGAUGCAGUUGAAAUAGUCCCAACAAAUCAAAUCAGGGUAUGUACACCAUCUAAUGUGAUAACAUAAUAUAACGAAUUAAACAAAGAAACAAGAAAAGUACCACUAUGAUUUGAAUAUUCUAAAUAACUACUACCGCUUUAGUAUAGACACAAUGACCAAUACAAGUGAUGUUUGAUAAUAAUAAUUGUCUCUUGUAACAUUUUAAGACUGAACAGUCGGAUGCAGUUGAAACAAAUCAAAUCAGGGUAUGUACACCAACUAAUGUGAUAACAUGAAAAAUACUAAUUGGAAAUAGAUAUUUAUGGGGCUUGCAACUUUGCAAACAAAAGUGUACUUAGAGCUACUAGAAUGUACAGUAUAGAACCAGAAUGGCUGGACAGGACAAAACAUGUGAUGUGAAGGUCAACACUCAAGUGAACUUAGCUAUGUAGUAAAUAAGCAUUACUUGUCAUAAUUGUGUGACUGGUCUUUGGGAACUACUUCAUUCAUCCAGUAGUCAACAAAUGCAUGCAGUGAAUACUUUCUGUACUAAUGAACACUGAAAUCAUCAGAAAUGGUUCAUGUAUUAUGUGGAUUUUAUUUGUUUGUUUUCUUCCCAUCAACAGGAUCCCAUUGGUGUUGAAACUCUGAGAGCAGUUCUUGUGAGGAAAGGUGCAAGUGUUCUAGCAGAUUAUGAGGCCUCUGGAACACUCUCAGAGUCUUCAAGGAAACUCCUUGUUAAAAUCGCUGUCAGUGAGUUGAUUGAGAGGAAGGGAUUGUAAGUUAAUACACCAUUUUACAAUUCACUUUAGCUUAUAGGUACUUAAAGCGCUUCUUUUAAAAUGUUUCAAUAUUAAUACGUCACUUCUAUUGUACAUUGAAAAUAUCAAUACAAUGUAUAUCAGUACUUUUGAAAGUAGUGACAUAGUUAUAGACUGAAAGAAAGCCUGUUUAAAAAGUCUGUAAGAUAGCUGUAUACUCUUUUAACUUUUAACUUCACUGAUUUGAAUUAUUUGUUUUAAUCGACAGUUAUCCACAAAGUGAAGACAAAUCCAAGUUGGCCAGAUCUAUGGUAGCACUUUUCCCGUCACUCAAAAUCAAGAUGGGAGAGGAGAAUGAGGGAUUUGUAAGUAGUGCUCAUUCAUUGUUAUAACAACUGUUAUGCCAGCCGCCAGAUACCUUGUCUUAGCUGAAUUACUGAAGCUAAGCAGGUGUGGUCCUGGUUAGUACUUGGAUGAGAGAGCUCCUUGGAAAACUAGGUUGCCGCUGGAAGUGGUGUUAGUGGGUGGCAAGUAGGUGGCACUCUUCCCUCUGGCCAAAAUGAUAGAUCCCAAUGCCCCAGUGCAGUUACGGGGACACUGCACUGUAGGAGAUGCCGUCCUUCGGAUGAGACGUUAAACCGAGGUCCUGACUCAUUGUGCUCAUUAAAGAUCCCAUGGCAAAGAGUAGGGGAUUCCCCGGUGUCCUGGCUAAAUUCCCAACCUGGCUCAUUCAAUGUGGCCCCCUAAUCAUUCCCCACUGUAAUUGGCUCGUUCACUCCCUCACUCCACCUCAAGCUGGUGUUUGUGGUGAGCGUUCUGGUGCAUAAUGGCUGCCGUGCAUCACCCAGGUGGGUGCUACACAUUGGUGGUGGUUGCUAGUGAGGUCCCCCCUUCCAUGUGACGCACUUUGAGUGUCAAGAAAAGCGCUAUGUAAAUGUAAUGUGGUGUUAUUGUAACAGGGAAAGUUAAAGUACUAUAAUUCUGAUAUGAGUUUUAUAACUUAAUUUAAUUUAUUUUAAAAGAUUUGAAAUUAUACAAUUAAAGCAUAUUUACUGCUAUUGUACAAUAUAGAUCAUUCAUACAUACUGGUUCAGUGUGGUGAGUUGGUAAUCUACUUUAGAGUGAGUGACUCAACUGACAGAAAAAAAUUGAAAGCUAGACUUAAUGACCACUAUAUCUGCAUAGAGAUUAAGCAUUUAGGGUUUCCUAUUAUUUGUACACACUUGUAUGUAUUCUACAUACUUUUGAGAAUGGAAAACUAUUUAAGUUCCUUUUCUUUUCCAGGAACAUUUCUAUGACCCCAUAUCCCACAGUGGAUUCCUUGAGAUCCGACUCCGAAAUCUAAGGAGGAAUCUUCAAGAUGAUCAACGCCGUUAUCAGCGCAAGCGUGUCAAGUCCACUGAUAACCAUUAGGGUGGAAAUGCCUGCAGAAGGGGAUGAUUCAGUCAACGAAUGGAUGACGGUUAUAAAAAGAAUGAGACCGUGUCAGGAAAACCUCAGCACCAUCAAAGAAGCCAUGGACAAAACCUAUGCUAGCCGAAGGUUGUGGAUUGCUGCUAGACAUCCAACGUUGGAGGAAUUUUUUGCAGAGUUUCCACGCUUUGUGGACAUGCCAUACAUGGUGAGUGCAUAUUGUGUUGGGACAAUGAAAAUAAUGAAAGUUGGAUGAGUUGUCUUUAAUCCCUCUGAUAUCAUUCUAAUUAUUCAAAUUACCUAUUUGUAAUAACAAUUGUAAAAUGAAGAUGAAAAUAAUGAAAGUUGGAUGAAUUGUCUUUAACCCAUCUGAUAUUAUUAUAAUUAUUCAAAUGACUGUAUUUUGUCCAUUUAUGUAGUUUGACACAGAAUUUGGAAAGAUGUUUCCUGGAAAAGCUGACAUGUUCAUCCGAAAAUGGGAGGGAACCAUCAUCCCAAAGAUACUAAAAAUGUCCACAAGUGAACCUGCAGCUGCCUUGACACCAGUUCCUGAGGAUGAUGGUUGGAGGAAUUAUCUCUGUUAAGCUUUUGUGCUACAGUGAAUGAAUGCAUUUGAUUUUAACAAGAAAGUAAGAGUUUACUAAAUUGUGUUUGUUUUUAUAGUUUCAUGUUACAGAGCUCUUCAUAAGCUUGUCCAUCUGCUGCCCCCCACUGCAUCAGGCAGGGGCAAAGGGAACACCAAAUGCAGUGUGAAGUCAGCUUUGGGCUACCUUUUGGAUAUAAAGCCGACUGGAACCAGCAUUUCCAGUGUGCUGAACAAUCCUCCUGAUAGACCAGUAGAACAUCGCCAGCCCCACUUGGUGUGCAUUGGAGAUCCCUCCGCCUCCGCCCAAUACAUCAUUGUUGCAGAAAACGACAAACUUGCCAUUCCUCUUAAGGAUAACGGUUUGACCUGUGCCAUUGACAAACUUUUCAAAAUGAUUUGGGUGUGUAAUGUUGCAUAUCCUGUCCAGCUCACUUCUGUCUUUCAUUUCUUUGAGAGUCUUUAUGAAGUGCCCCUCUCUGGUGGGAAGAGAGCUAAAGUUGUGGAGCUCAUUGCAAAGCUCCAAACUAUGAUUUAGCCAGUUUUACAAACAUGUACUGUUGUCCCAGGUGUAAAAUUAAAGUGAAAGAUGUAAGAAAACUAAUCAAUCAUCUUAGACAUGUGCAUGCAUUAUCUGAUGGACAGGAUUACACAAUUAUUUGCGGUCAAAACCUUUGCCAACGGACAUACCAUAACUUUAAUUCAUAUGCCAGACAUCUCAGGAGAGACCAUCCUGAUACUCAAAGCUUAAAUACCAAUUUCACUGAGACUUUGCCGGACUUGUCACCACCAUCAUGCUCUAAUGCUGAUGAUUGUUCUGAAACUGAUAUGGACAUUUCAGAAGACAGAACUUAUAACUAUGAAAAGUGUGCGGCAGAAUUUGCUGCUAAAAUGUACUCAUCUUCCAACUGCACUCUUGCUGAUGUUCAAAGAAACAUGACAUGCUCUAAAGAGUUACUCGGCAGGGUAUUGGAUAGGUUGCAAGAAAAGACUGUAUCUGUACUUAAUAGUCAUGAUAUGCUUUGUAAUGAUCCAGAUGUCCAAAGUUUGAUGGAGGAAUUUGAAAGUGGGAGGAAUAUGUUUGAUGGAUUAGAUACCACCUACAAAAUGAACAAAUAUUUUUCAGAAAAUCUGUCUCUGGUGAAGCCAAAAGAAGUUUUCUUGGGAUAUCGAAGUGACACAGAACGAAAACAGGGUGUAUUAAAACAAGCUCUAAUAGCAGAUACAUUUCAGUACAUAUCAAUUAUUGAUACCCUCAGGUUUCUAUUUGAAAAUGAACAAAUGCAGGAGCUUUGUUGUCAAACCAAUAAAAGUAGUGAUGCUAAAAUGUCUGAUUACUGUGAUGGUAUUCGAUUCAGAGAUAAUGAAUUCUACAACAAAUUUCCAAAAGCUUUACAAAUACAACUUUAUUUUGAUGAUUUAGAAACAACAAACCCUCUUGGGUCCAAAACCAAGGUGCAUAAAUUGGGUGCUGUGUAUUUUUGCCUCAGGAACAUACCUGCUCGUUUUAACUCUUCUCUUGAAAAUAUUCAUUUAUGUUUACUUUUCAAUUCCAUAGACAGGGAGGUUUAUGGGUUUAACUCAAUAUUCAAACCUUUGUUAGAGGAUUUAAACAUUCUUGAAACAAGAGGGGUGGAAGUACAGAUACAUGGGAAAAACUCUUUAUUACAUGGUACAUUAUGCUUAUUUACCGCAGAUAAUUUGUCAUUCAGUGGGGGGUUUCCUUGAAAGUUUUUCAGCCAAUAGGUUCUGCCAUAUAUGCCUGGUGCAUAAACAAAAUGCCCAACAUAUAUUUAAUGAUGAUCUCGUAGAAUUACGUAAUAGAGACAAUUACAGUCAACAUGUUGAACUUAACAAUCCUCCUUUAACCGGCAUUAAAGAAGACUCUUGUCUUAACUCUUUGAAUUUUUUUCAUAUCACUGAAAAUGUUUGUGGCGACGUGAUGCAUGACGUGUUGGAGGGAGUAGCCCCGCUGGAAUUGAAACUUAUGCUAAGACAUUUUGUAUAUGAUGAACAACUAUUCACAGAAGACCAGCUUAACAGCCGGAUAGCUGGCUUCGACUAUGGUUUAAACAACAUGAAAAGCAAACCUAGUGCCAUUAUUCAUUUAACAUCAGAGAAUCCCAUUAGGCAAAAUGCAAGUCAGAUGUGGUGUUUGUUGCUUUUUUUACCUUUCCUUAUUGGGGAUUUUAUUGAUGAGGGAAACAAACAUUGGCAAUUAUUUCUUUUACUUAGGCAGAUUUGUGAUAUAAUAUUUGCACCUGUUGCAACAAAAGGAUUAGCGAUGUUGUUGAAGCAGUUAGUCAUUGAUCACCACACUUUGUUCAAGAGUCUAUAUGACAGGCCUCUGAUACCGAAGCACCAUUUCAUGAUGCAUUAUUGGCGAAUGAUGGUGUAUUUUGGACCACUUGGUAAACUUUGGUGCAUGCGCUUUGAAGGUAAGCAUGCUCCACUAAAACGGCAGGCCCAGGUUGUGUGUAAUUUUAUUAAUAUCUCAAAAACAUUAGCCUUCAAGCAUCAGGUACAGGCAAUGUUUAACUGGAAAUUGGGUAGUCCUUUUAAAGAUAAAAUGACUGUGGCAAACAGUUUUCCAGUCUUACUUGGUUCAUUAAAAGAAGAUGUCUGCUUAAUUGAUAACCUAAAGGCGAUUGGUCGUGAUGUUGGACAAUGCAGCUCUUUUCAUGUUGCACACUCUGUGACUGUGUUUGGUCAGAGAUAUCAAACAACUUGUAUAUUACCCCUUAACUGCAAUGAAAAUGGGGAGCUGGUUUUUGGAGAAGUAAUGCACAUUUUACCAGAAAGUGAAAAUCUAAAUGUUCUGUUUUUCUUAAGAAUACUUGUUCCAAAGUUUUUCCAGAACCAUUUCCAUGCAAUUGCAGUCCAGAGAACAGAGGACUUUAAACUAAUUGGUAUAAGAGAUUUAAUUGAUUUUAGACCAAUGCAUUUGAUAUUUUUUAACAAUGAUAUUUUUGUAAACCCUCGCUAUGAACUUGUGUAAUGUUUAUGUGUACAAUAUUUUUAAUAAAUAAUACAUAAUUUCACAUUAGGCUGUCAGGAAUUCAUCUUUAUUGCACUCAUUACUUGAUUUAAAUAAUUUCAUAAUUGUCUUAUCUGCUAAGAUCAAUAAAAAUACUAAAAAUAUAAAUAAAACGACAACAUGCACUUAGUUCAUUAUAGGCUGUGAUUGAAUUGACAUUGUUGUUUAUUAUUGCUACUAUCCUUAUAAUAGUCUGACCAACAUCUUAAUUUGCUCCUUGUUAAAUUUAAGUAUUAAAUUGUCUUGUAUUUGUAUAGCUUUGGACAAAAGCGUAACCAUAACCAAAUUGACACAAAUUGUGUCAACUAUAACACACAGGUGUGUUAAAAUAUCAACACAGUAACUGUGUUAACCAUAACCAAAUUGUGUCAACUAUAACACAGGUGUGUUAAAAUAUCAACACAGUAACUGUGUUACAUGGGUUUAACACAUAAAAUAACACAAAAUGUGUUGUCCUUACCUAAACACAUUGAUGUGUUAAAAAUGUGUUGUUUCCAACACAUCCUUUUUGAGAGUGU